AUGACAAUGGAUAGUAGUGGUGUUCAACAAAUCGUCUCUGCUUUAGACAUUGUUUAUAAUCCCAAAUCUACCAAUGUACAACGACAUGAAGCUCAGAUUUUCUUGGAGACAAUUAAACAAAAUGAACAAUCUCCAUUUUGGGGAUAUCAGCUAGCAUCAUACGCAAAUAACGGUAAGAACUACAUAGUUAGACACUUUGGAUUGUCGUUAUUACAAACCUCAAUUAAUUAUAGAUAUCAUACUUUUGAUACAAAUAAAUGUCUAGCAAUUAGAAAUUGGGUAAUUGAAUUGGCUAUGAAAGUUGAACCCGAUGACCCUCAUUAUAUAAAAGAAAAGCUUGCAUUCUUAUGGGUAUCAAUUGCCAAACGGAUUUGGGGCUGUUAUUUAGUUAAAUCAAAGGAAAGAAUAAAAGCGGAGAACUCAGAAGAUGCCCCGUUACCACCACCUCAGUAUACAGAACAAGACUUCAUUGACGGAUGGACAUCAAUGGAUUCUGAUUUAUCAAAAUUAUGGGACAAUAAUAUCACUUGUCGAGAAUUGUCUUUGAUUAUUGUUAGAACUUUGUUUGAAGAUAUCUAUUUGUUAGAUGACCCGAUUGCGUCAAAGAGGUCAAUUAUAUUAAACCAACUAGCAGUUUUGGUUGUUACUCCUAAUAGUGUAUUGGAAACCAUCUAUGAAAAUAACCCAAAUGUAACUAUCUGUAAGGCACUCCCCAGUGGUUGGUUUAUUGUAUGGUCUCAAUUCUUAAUGGAAAUCUUAUCAAACAAUACUGAUUUCAGUAAUAACACAUGUCAAUCAUUUAUUCCUAAGAUUUUGUCAACAUUCAAGACUUGUUUACACUGGGUACAACCUUCAGUAUUAAGAAAUGAAAACAUAAUGCAAACUUUGAUAAAUAUCUUAACUAUUCCUGAUGUGAAAUUUAAAACAUUAGCAGUUGAUUGUUUACAUAUUUUAUUUACCAGAAGUUAUACAAAUCAAGAAGAUUUCGAUUUUUUCAUCGGAUCCAUCUUUACAACUGAAGGUAUCAGUAAAUUGAGUGAUUUCUAUCGAUCAUUACAAUUGGACCCAGAUGAUAUCGAUGAACAAGUCUAUUCAUUGUUAAAGAAGACAGUUGAAAUGAUUGUUUCCAUAUCUGAAUAUCUUAAUAUCAGCUCCAAGAAUCGCAUAUCUUGGGAAACCGCAGAUGUUGAUAGUUACUUAAGAUUAGUUUUAAGUACUACUGAACAUCCAAGUUUGAUUAUUAGUGGGUUGAGUUUACAAAUGUGGGUGACGAUCUUAAGAUUUGAUGAAUUAUCUGCCAAGGAGCCAAUACUUAAAAUCUUACUAGAAUUAUUAGAAAUUGCAGCCAAUAGAACUAUUAAUUAUACAUAUGAUGAUGAUCAUAUUUCCAAGAAGUUUUUGGAUGUUGACUUUGAUUCAAUAACUGAUGCUAGUUCCUUUUUGCUGAAUUAUCGAAAAUUUAAUGAAGAUAUUGUUAGAAUUACAAUUUGCAAAAAACCAGAAGAAGGUUUAAUGUGGUUAGAAAAUAGAUUACAAGUAUUCUUCAGUUCUGAGUUGGGUAAUAAGUGUAUUAAUGAUUAUAAUUUACCUGAAAAAUCACCACCCUUGAAUUAUGGUACUGCUCAAUUCAAUAUUAUUGAAAAUAGUAUUAGAGGUAUUUCAAGAUGGAGAAUCUGGUAUAAUGGUGAUGAUAUAAAUAUCAUAAAUGAUAGAUUAAACCAGUUGGUUGAAAGUUUGGGUGAAAGAUUAUUAGCUAUGAACAUUGCCUGUCCAUUAUUGAUUAGGAAACAAGUCCAAACAUUAGUCCAAUUUGCUCCAUUAUUAAAAGAUAUAAGUCCUUUAAUGUUUAAAGUCUUGGAAAAAAUUUUAACCACUGCUACAUUUGAAUAUCCAGAGAAUAUAAGUGAUGAUGAACGUGAAAUAAUUCGUGAUUUAAGAACUAGUUGUGGAACUGAAUUAAAUCGAUUAGCUUAUAUUAUGCCAGAAUCUUUGAAAAAAAUCUUCAAUGAUUUAGAAAAUGUUAUUGCUAAUAUCUUAAGUUCUAAAAAAGUAAGUGAUCAUGAAAAUGUCGCAUUCAAAUCAUUUCUAUUGGUGAUUGCAUCAAGAUCCUCGAUUGACGAUAAAGAUGAAUUAUUCGCCAAAAUAGUUGAUCCCGAAUUAGGUGCUUGGUCAGCUCCGGAAACAGAAAAAGGUUUAUUAGAUUUACAUUGGUUUAUGGAAAGGAUCGGAAUUGUGGAAAUUGCAUCAUAUUUUCAAAAACGUGGAAUUACACCCACAACUGAUUUAUUACAGGCGAAAAUGGAUGAAGAAGGAAGGUUAUUAAAAAAUCGAUUGCGUGAUCAUUGGUCAUCAAUUUUUCCAAUUAGAGCCACGAGAAUUUUUAUUCAAUACAGUAUUGAAAAAUUAAAUCAUGAUUCAAAUGAAUUUUUAAAUUUAUUAAAAUUAUGGAAAAUUAGAGUACAACCAAUUAUUCCACAUAUUUUACAAUUAUUAUCACAAAUUCAAGCAUACCAUAACCCAGCAAAUUGGAAUGAUUUACCUGAGUCAGUUCAAAGUUUUGUAAGGUAUAGUUGUAUGGAAAGAUUUUGGCAACAAGGUGUUAGUAUUCAAUCCAAAGAAACAUUUAUUGAAGAGAAUGUCAAAGCAGCUUUAACAUUAAGAGAUUUUGCCGACUCAGUUGGUCAUUUGAUAAGGUAUACUAGAGAAUAUGCAUUCUUAACAGUUGGAUCUUUGGCACAAUUAAAUGAUACCCUUUAUGAAUAUCCUAACAUUGCUUCAUUAAUUUGGAACUCAGUAGCUGGAGAUACAGUGGGUGUUACUACACAUAGUUGGAAACAUAUGAUUAAUAGUUGUUUAAGAUUAGUGAUCAAAUAUUGUCCACCGAAAUUUGUCGAUACAUUUAUGGCUGAAUUAUUACCUAAAGCAAUUAUAGAUAUUGAUAAAGUACUUGUUGAAAAAUGGAAUAAGGUUUACAGUAAUGGAUUACAAUUAACUGGCAAUGAAGAUGAUCAAACCUUGUCUGAAGAAAUGAUGGAUGAGCACUUAUUACGACAAUUGACUGCGACUGUUGUCAGACUCUUGAUGGAUAUUAUUGGUCAAUACAACUCUAAGACAUUGACUGAAACACAAUAUGCUUCGAGAAGAUUAGUGAUUGAGAAUAAUGAAGUAUUGGCUCCAUUUUUACAAAUAUGCUGUCACCUAAUAGUGUUUAAGGAUACAAAAUGUUCAUUCAACACCAUUCUAAUAAUUAGAAACAUUUUGUCAGAAAUCACAUUGAAGGAUGAAGAAGUUGAUAAAUAUUUAUGUGAACAUUUGUUGAAAUCAUUAUUGGCCGUUUUGUUAGAUGAUUAUUUCGUUGAUGCUCAAAGUGAAGCCGGACUUGCCUUCUGUAAUUUAUAUUAUUCGUUAAGAUCGAAGUAUGAUUAUCCAGCCACAGUAUUGGCUUCAUUAUUACCAACCAUUACUCCUGAAAACAUUCGAAAUUUUGAAGCAUUGUUGGUAAGUACAAAGUCAUCAAGACACCAACGAUCGGCAUUAUUGGAACUUAUCAAAAUAUCCAAACUGAAUGGAGGGAAUCUUGGAGGUUAUGAUGACGAAAUGAGCAACCGAAAGAAAGAAUUAGAAGCUGCGGAUGUCGUCCGAAAGAAGAAAGGAACCGUUGAUGUAAUGAAUGAUCCCUUUACUGAAAAUAGUGCCCUUGGCAGUUUGUUUGUUGAGGAUUAA